UGCAGGAGCAAUCUUCACCUGAGGGAAGCUGUCAUUUCAGGCCGCCGAUGAUGAUAAUGACCAGAAGAUGGCGCCAACAGUAAACACUGCGGCCGUGUUAUAUGACCUAUGACCCUGCAGGUUGCCAUGUGGUUUAAUGGCGGAGAGUAGUGGAAACAUGUGGAGCAGAGAGCAGAGACAAGAUAUGAACAAAGACCGAGAGAAAACACAGAAGAAGAGGAGUAACUAUGAGGAGCAGGAGCAGGUGGAGGAGCAGAUCUUUAAUUUCAACAAGAAACCUGCUGAGGAAGAGGAGGAUGAUGAAGGUCUGUCUGACAGCGAGGACAGCGUGUACUCAGGACUAGAGGAUUCUGAGAGUGACACUGAGGAUGACGAAGAUGAAGAGGAGGGGUCUGAUGAUGAUGCUGAUAAUAAUGAUGUGCAGGCGGAGUCAGAGCGGCCUCAGCAGACAGAGGAGAAGAAGAAGAAGAAGAAGAAGAAGAAGAAGAAGAAGAAGAAGAAGAAGAAGGAGGAGGGAGGAGGAGUGACAGAAGGAGAUGAUGAAAAGAAAGAAGAUGAGUACGGACAUGACUCUUCAGACGAGGAGGACAUUAGGAACACAGUAGGGAACAUUCCCAUGGAGUGGUACAAAGACUUCCCUCACAUUGGCUACGAUCUGGACGGGAAGAAGAUCUACAAGCCAAUCAGGAACAAGGAUGAACUUGAUGACUUCCUGGACAAAAUGGAGAACCCAGACUACUGGAGAACUAUCUAUGACAAGCAGACAGGAAGUGACAUCAUCCUAUCAGGGGAGCAGGUGGAGCUAGUGAAUCGUCUGCAGAAAGGACAGUUUGGUGACAUCAACUUCAAUGAGCAUCAGCCCUCGGUGGACUUCUUCAGUAGAGACGUGAUGCUCCACCCCGUCACUAACAGACCUGCAGACAAACGCAGCUUCAUCCCGUCUCUGAUCGAGAAGGAGAAGGUGUCUAAACUGGUUCAUGCCAUAAAGAUGGGUUGGAUCAAGCCUCGACGGGUGGAGGAUGAAAGCAGGGGGUGCUACUAUGACCUCUGGGCCAGUGAGGACUCUUCUAUUCUGGCUAAACACAGGAUGCAUGUGCCUGCCCCCAAAAUCCCGCUACCUGGUCACCAGGAGUCCUACAACCCCCCACCCGAGUACCUGUUCACUGAGGAGGAGAGAGCUCUGUGGGAGCAGCAGGACCCGUCAGACAGGAAGUUGCCUUUUGUUCCCACGAAGUUCCCGAGCCUCCGACAGGUUCCUGCAUUUCCUCGUUUCAUCCAUGAGCGGUUUGAGCGCUGCCUCGACCUUUACCUGUGUCCCCGACAGAGGAAGAUGAGGGUGAACGUGAAUCCAGAUGAUCUGAUUCCAAAACUUCCGAAACCGAAGGACCUGCAGCCGUUUCCAACCACACAGUCUCUGGUGUAUCGAGGUCACAGCGGUCUGGUUCGGUCCAUCAGUGUGUCUCCAUCAGGACAGUGGCUUGCUUCAGGUAGUGAUGACGGCACAGUCAGGUUCUGGGAGGUGUGUUCGUCUUGCUGUAUUAAGACUGUCCGGGUGGGCGGAGCUGUGAAGAAUGUCGCCUGGAACCCAAACCCAUCUGUCUGUCUAUUGGCUAUUGCUAUGGACUCGGUGGUGUUGAUCCUGUCUCCCUCUCUGGCAGACAAACAGGUUAUCUCAUCGACAGAGCGACUCCUCGUUGGUCAACAGGAGACGGAGUCAGUGGAGGGGGCAGGGCACAUCACCUGGGUUGAGGCUCAGGGGGAGGAGCUAAACCAGGGGAUAUGCCUCAAAAUACAGCACCCCAAAGCUGUUCAUCAGGUGGUGUGGCAUGCUAAAGGAGACUAUCUGGCAUCUGUGAUGCCAGAUCACUCGAGCCACCUGCAAGUGUUCAUCCACCAGCUGAGCCGGAGACGGAGCCAGAACCCCUUCAGGAGGAACAAAGGUCUGGUUCAGUGCGUAUCUUUCCACCCUGUUAGACCCUACUUCUUUGUGGCCACGCAACGUUCUGUCCGGAUCUACAACCUGGUCAAACAGGAAAUGACCAAAAAACUCCAAGCUAAUUCCAAAUGGAUCUCCAGCAUGGCUGUCCACCCGGGGGGUGAUCAUGUGAUCUGCGGGAGUUAUGACUGCAGGCUGAGCUGGUUUGACCUUGACCUCUCAACCAAACCCUACAAGAUGUUACGACACCAUAAAAAGGCUGUGAGGGGCGUGGCCUACCACAGAGUUUACCCGUUGUUUGCGUCAGCAUCCGACGAUGGAUCGGUGAUCAUCUGUCACGGGACUGUUUACAAUGACCUGCUGCAAAACCCAUUGAUUGUCCCUGUGAAGGUCCUCAGAGGUCAUGUGAUCACUCAUGACCUUGGUGUUCUGGAUGUGACCUUUCACCCCACACAGCCCUGGAUCUUAUCCUCUGGAGCUGAUGCCACCAUCCGCCUCUUCACCUAGCAACUACCUCAACAACCAGCAGGUUGGCAUGUGGGUCACCUCUCUAGCUGGGAAGAACUGAUCAUGUCAAUGUGCCUGUGGUAACCCAGCAACCAGCCAGUGAUGCGGUUACUAGGUAACUACAGGCUGGUGUAGAAAUGAUGCAACUAUGAAUCUGAUGUUUUCAUAUGUUCUUUGUGCCUGUUUUUAAUUAAACUGAAACUUUCUGAUCCAGUUGCUGCUUGUUUGUUGUUACCAUGGUG